AUGAAGGAAUACAAGGUUGUGGUGCUGGGGUCGGGGGGCGUGGGAAAGAGUGCGCUGACAGUCCAGUUUGUUUCGGGGCAUUUUGUGGAAAAGUACGACCCAACAAUCGAGGAUUUCUACCGGAAAGAAAUCGACGUGGACGGCUCACCGGCAGUGCUAGAGAUCCUGGACACGGCGGGCACGGAGCAGUUUGCGUCCAUGAGAGACCUCUACAUCAAGAACGGACAGGGAUUUCUCCUAGUCUACUCCAUCAUCAACGCACAGACCUUCAUUGACGUACAGCCACUGAGAGACCAGAUUGCGAGAGUCAAGGGCGGAUUCAACUCACCCAUCGUCCUGGUAGGCAACAAGUGCGACAUGGCAUCAGAGAGAAACGUGGUAACACGAGACGGGGAGAGCCUGGCGCACGACUGGGGGACUCCAUUUUUCGAGACCUCGGCCAAAACUCGGUACAACGUCCAGGAAUUGUUUCAGGAGAUUGUGCGGCAGAUAAACCGGAGAAAGCCUAGCGACAGUGGAGAUUGCUGCUGCGUCACGUUAUAG